AUGGAGGCCGAGCCAGCCUCGGACUUGUCGAUGCUUCGAGAGCUGCUGGCGCCAGCGCCGCCCUGUCUGGACCCCGAACCGCCCCCGGAACUCCCCACCCAGCAGGCACCAAGGACCCCAGGAUGCCUCAGACCCAGUGGCAGGUCCUUCUGGCCUGCACACCAGGACUCGGUCACCGCCCUGCACUUCCUCCAAGAGACAGCAGAGGGGCUGGCCCAGCCCCCCACCUGGGACACCCAGGCCCUAGGGCCCUGCUGGGAGCCGAAGGCCCUGGAGACUCUGGGAGCCCUACCUGUGGCCAAGGAUGCCAAGAACAUGCUGACCCCAAUCAGCCAGCAGAGCCUCAGCCUGGGGCCCCGAGUGGCUCCCCCGGCCUCUUCAGCCCAACCACAGAGGAGACCCCGGAAGCAGUCGAACCCCCAGCGGGGCGCCGAGAAAGUGGACCCCCGGUUCGAGGGGGUGACCCUGAAGUUUCAGAUAAAGCCAGAUUCCAGCCUACAGAUCAUACCCACCUACAGCCUGGCCUGCAGCACCCGCUCUCAGGGUCCCCCGCCAGGCCCUGCCAGAGGCCCAGAGGCCAACGCAGGAGGCAGCGAGGCUCUGGGGCCCCGACGCUGUGCUUCCUGUAGGACCCAGAGGACCCCACUCUGGAGAGAUGCCGAAGAUGGGACCCCGCUCUGCAAUGCCUGUGGUAUCAGGUACAAGAAAUAUGGCACCCGGUGCUCCAGCUGCUGGCUGGUGCCCAGAAAAAGUGUCCAGCCCAAGAGGCUGUGUGGCAGAUGUGGGGUGUCGCUGGGUCCCCACCCAGUCCCAACUCAGGAAGGAGACCCCAGGUGGAAGACCCAGGCCUCAGGCCCCAGAGCUCCUGGCUCAGGGGGUCACUGGCCCCCUCCUCGGCCCCUGCUUCAGUCAGGCUUGGCUGAGCCCCUCACCCCCUCAGGAAAUGCUUAUGGCUGUGAAACUCGUAUUGUUAAUAGCAGUGACAAUAAAGAGCAGAACUACUCAGAGAAGGGGUACUGUGACUUCGGGACCCCACCUCGCGCGCCCUCACCCGCCUCUCCCCCGGCCCAGGAGUGUGGGGGACGGGUUUUCUCAGUGGGGUUCUGA